AUGCGAGCAUGUGCGGACAUCGCCAACGCACUCGUCGAAGAUCACGAGAAGUCGCAGCAGCCUGGAGCGCAGCGGAAAGAUAUCAAUUUGAAUAGCCUGAGAGGACAAAUUGCCAAGAAGCACUUUCUGUCAAGGCAGCCGCCGCUCACAGACAUCAUUGCUGCAGUGCCGGAGCAAUACAAGAAGUACAUUUUGCCAAAGUUGAUCGCAAAGCCGAUUCGGAGUGCAAGUGGUAUAGCGGUUGUGGCUGUAAUGUGCAAGCCGCAUAGAUGUCCGCAUAUUGCAUAUACUGGAAAUAUCUGCGUGUACUGUCCAGGUGGACCGGAUUCGGACUUCGAGUACAGCACGCAGAGUUAUACUGGAUAUGAGCCCACGUCGAUGCGGGCAAUAAGGGCCAGAUAUGAUCCUUUCGAGCAAGCGAGAGGGCGUGUGGACCAGAUCAGGAAUCUCGGCCACAGCGUAGACAAGGUGGAGUAUAUCAUCAUGGGAGGCACGUUCAUGUCUCUUUCACCAAAGUACCGCGAGGAGUUCAUCUCGCAACUGCACAAUGCGCUGUCUGGAUAUGCGACGUUGAAUGUGGAUGAAGCUGUCAUGGCGGGCGAGCAGAGUACGACAAAAUGCGUUGGCAUCACCAUCGAGACCAGACCUGACUACUGCCUGCCACCUCAUCUUACAGACAUGCUGCGAUAUGGCUGUACUCGUCUGGAAGUUGGUGUGCAAAGCUUAUACGAAGAUGUGGCUCGCGACACCAAUCGAGGCCACACGGUGAAGGCAGUCUGCGAAACGUUCUGCCAGUCCAAGGAUGCUGGCUUCAAGGUCGUCUCGCACAUGAUGCCCGAUCUGCCCAAUGUAGGUCUCGAACGCGAUCUCUUUCAGUUUCAAGAAUACUUCUCAAAUCCUGCAUUCCGCACGGAUGGUCUCAAGAUCUAUCCUACUCUCGUCAUUCGAGGAACUGGACUCUACGAACUGUGGCGCACAGGACGAUACAAGAAUUACACUCCAAAUGUGCUAAUCGAUAUCGUCGCACGGAUACUCGCGCUCAUUCCUCCAUGGACAAGAAUAUACCGCGUACAGCGAGACAUUCCGAUGCCGCUUGUCACAUCUGGUGUUGAGAAUGGUAAUCUUCGAGAACUGGCACUGGCGCGGAUGAAGGAUUUCGGAACCACUUGUCGGGAUGUGCGAACGAGAGAGGUCGGUAUCAACGAAGUCAAGCACAAGAUACGACCGAAUCAAGUCGAGCUCGUGCGACGUGAUUAUGUCGCAAAUGGUGGGUGGGAGACAUUCCUCGCAUAUGAGGACCCGAAGCAAGACAUUCUCAUUGCACUGCUGCGACUGCGAAAGUGUAGCGAGAAGUACACCUAUCGAGAAGAGCUAGUCGGCCAGCCAUCAAGUCUGGUCCGCGAGCUGCACGUCUAUGGUUCAGCUGUACCUAUCCAUGAGCGAGUCAAGGGCAAGAGCCAGCAUCAAGGCUAUGGGACCCUGCUCAUGCAGGAAGCCGAGCGCAUCGCUCGAGAUGAACACGGCAGUAAGAAGAUCGCUAUCAUCUCUGGUGUUGGUGUCAGAGGCUACUACCGACGACUUGGUUACUGGCUCGACGGUCCCUACAUGAGCAAGUGGCUUGAGGAUGAUGCCGAGAGCAGUGAUGAUGAUUGA